AGACCGUGAGUGAGAUAGCGUGUCUUAGCAGGGAGAUAUAUCAAACUGUGUCUGUGCAUUUAAAUAGAUAAUUUGGAAUAAAUUUACCAAAAUUUUAAGGGUCUUCAGAAAAACAAUAUGGAAGACCAGAUUCAACAAGACCAAAGUGAAAAUAAAAACGUUUCCACGACACCUACUCUAACUGCAACUAACUCUCCAAUGAGCUCUUCCGACCACACGCCGCCAUCUACCGUUCAGACAAGUGUGGAGGAUAAUGAACGCGACGAUGAUGGUGAGCUGGCUGAAAGUACCGGAGGUAAUUCUGCGGCAUCUCCACUCUCAGAUACAAUCGUAAUUCCUAAUCAAGAUCUUAUAACAAGACGUAAAGAGUUGGCGCAAUUGCUUGCUCGUGGAUCUACUGAACCUACAAAAGAAGGAGACAAGUGGUAUUUAAUCCCUAGAGAUUUCCUUGAAGAUGUGAUGAAUCUCGCCGUAGAAACAUUCGACGAACUUCGUCUGGAAGUGGGCGCACUUGAUUUGUCUUCUAUUGUCGAUAGACAGGGCAAUUUGUACCCCGAGAAUGAUGAACCUGUUGAUACAUACAAUGUUCUGCCUCCUGUUUUUCAAUUGUUGGUAGACUGGUUUGAAGUUCGUGGUGAACCCGUUUCGCGUGCGAUUAUUGUGAACCCAGAAACAGGUCAUAAGGAAGUUGAACGAUUCCCUAGCUUUUUCCAAGUUCAUACAUUGACGAAAAAGGAUACCAACUAUGGUCAAAAUAUUUCUCACAGGCAUACAACGAACAGUAUCCCUCGUCAUGGAGUUCAUAUGUCAACUACGUCCACAUUCAAUGAUCUAUUCGAUGCAAUUCAAAGGAAGAUUUUACGGGCACCUCAAAAGCCCCGCCAGUUUCGUGUUUGGUUUAUCACUUCAGAAGAUAUUGAUCUUCUCCCAAACUCAAUAUCUCUCUCUACCUUUGUCAAUGACAUUCCCAAGAAACAGCUUGUUCUUCAAACCCGAUAUGGACAAAGACUUAAAGAUCAAGGUUUGACAUCACCAUUUUACCAUGUCCUUGUUGAGUCUCUGGCAUCGUCCUCAAUCCCUUAUACAUUUCCUACAGAUACAUAUUUUAAGUCCCUAGACUCGAAAACAUCUUCGAUUUCACAGUCAGCUGGUGGAAAUCUAGGACUUGCCAACUUAGGAAAUACAUGCUAUAUGAACUCGGCACUCCAAUGUUUAUUACAUAUACCUGAAGUUAACGAGUACUUCUUCUACAAAGUUUUUGAGUCAGAAUUAAACGAUUCUAACCCUUUGGGAUUCAAAGGUCAAAUUGCGAAAGUGUUUGGAGCCUUACUUCAUAAAUUAUUUUCUAGUCCUCUUGAUGGGUUGAAUAAUGGUCCAAGUACUACUCUGUCCAAUCCUUCUAAUCUUUCUGUUUCCCCGAGGGACUUCAAGUAUACCAUUGGUCAUUACUCGUCUCUUUUCCAAGGAUACCAACAACAAGAUUCUCAGGAAUUUCUCCUGUGGUUACUUGAUGCACUUCAUGAAGAUUUAAAUCGAAUCUAUGAUAAACCGUAUUGUGAAAAACCAGAAUUAACUGAUGCUGAAGUCGGAGAUCCAUUAUGUGUAGCUCGUCUUGCUCAAACAUGUUGGUCGCAGCAUAAACAUCGCAAUGAUUCCGUUAUUAUAGACUUGUUUACUGGAUUGUAUCAGUCUACUCUUGUAUGUCCUGAUUGUAACAAGUCGUCUAUUACGUUUGAUCCUUUUAAUGAUUUGACAUUACCACUCCCAGUGAAUAAGAAAUGGUAUCAUACAUUUACAGUUGUGGAUUUGGCUUCAGGUGGGAAGCUUCUGAAGUUUGAAGUUGAACUUAGUAAGACCUCUAAUUACGAUGAACUUAUUGCAUAUUUGAGCCUCCGUUUGGGGUUUGAUUCCUCGUCACUCUUUCUCUUUGAAAUUUUUAAUAAUUUCUUUUAUAAAGAUUUCCAAUCAAGCUACGACAAGAUCAGAUUUUAUCCUAUUAGUGAAAUCAUAUCUGAGAAUGACGAAGUUGCUAUCUAUCACAUCCCACACAAUCCAGAGACAGAUGUGAUAGUUCCUGUAAUUCACCUGGUAAUGGAUUCGGAUAAGUCAUAUAAUGUCGCUCGAUCCUUUGGAGUGCCACUCUUUGUUGUAUUGAAAGAGAAUGAUAUGAAAUGUUUUGAGACAAUAAAAGAUAAAUUAAUAGAAAGCACAAAGAUAUUGAAAAGUGGUGAAUCAGUGGAAAUUGACCAGAGGGAACUGGAAAUGCAAGAUGUGGCUAACAUUGAAACAUCUGAAGUGCCAGAGCCUUCUGCGGUUCCAGAAAGUACUGAAAUUCUUGAUGUUCCCAUGGACGAUGGUGAUCUAUUUUCAAUCAAAUAUUAUGCCGAAAGAAAAUCUGUCCUCUCGAGACCAACAUCGCGCCUCAUUCAUAUCCCCCAUAACCGUGCCAAUUUGAACAACCUUCCUAAUUUGACGGAUUUGUUUCCUCGGAUAGUGGCUUCGGAACAAACUCAACAAGAUUUGGAACAGGAUGAAUUCAUCGUUGUGGAAAAUAGAUUUCCAGGGACCCCACAACCACUGCUGCUGCUUCUGGACGAAGAUACAGAAUGCGAAGAAAACUUGGGACUGUUGUUUGACUCUGUUCAUGAACUCCCAGUCACAACAGAUGUACCAAACACUUCGGCCUCAUCAACAGGUGAAAUAGGUGAUAAAAUGACUCUUGUUUGUCAGUGGGAUCAUGACUCGUACGUCCGUGAAUUUGGAGAUGAUGAUGCAGAGCAUAGUUGGUCCCACCCGACAAUAAUUUCGAAUCCUGAGGUUGAAGAGAGUAAGAGGAAGCUCAAGGCAGAACAAAACUCCACUGUAUCAUUAUAUGAUUGUUUGCGUGCUUUUAGUACACCAGAAGUUUUGGGUGACCAAGACUUAUGGUAUUGUCCAAAAUGUAAAGACCACAAACAAGCCACCAAAACCAUUCAAUUAUGGGCAACCGGUGAUAUCUUGACAAUUCAUUUAAAACGAUUCGAGAGUGCCCGUCUGUUUAGCGAUAAGAUAGAUAUGGUCGUUGACUUUCCUGUCAAUGAACCUCUUGAUAUGUCCGAGUUUGUUCAAGAUAAUGACCUGAAGUAUGAUUUGAUUGCCGUAGAUAACCACUACGGUGGACUUGGUGGUGGGCACUAUACCGCAUAUGCAAAGAAUUUCCGAGAUGAUGAAUGGUACUAUUUUAAUGACUCGCGUGUGACUAAAGUAGCAGACCCAACAGAAUGCGUUACUGGUGCAGCUUACCUUUUGUUUUAUAGAAAACGAGGUACUGAUUUAGGGGGAGAUAAGCUCCAACUGCUUAUUGAUGCUGGACGUGAAUCAUUUGCGCAAGAAGUGGAACAAGUCAAGGAAAAUAUAUUGAAAUUGAAGGAACAGAUUGAUAUCUACCGCUUUAAUGAACAUGAUUUGGAAGAAGCAAAAAGAAAACUUAUAGAGAGUGAGAACACCGGUGAAGGUGAGGAUUCUGCAGUGGUUGACGACGAGGAGUCUGCAGUGACUAAAGACGAUACUGGAAGUAUUCCAGGUCCAUCUUCCUCGUCUUCGUCCAGCAGCGGGUCCACCAAGAAAUCUAGAUCUUCCAUUGACCCAAGUGAGUUACGCAAUGAAGAUAUCAAUAGUGCCUUACACCGCAAGCAACGACUUAUUACCCGGGAUAAUCGACCUGUGGGUAUCCGCCCAUCUAAUUCGACAGUUGAGAGUGUAUUGAACUCUCCACUUGGUUCAAGCGAUGAAAAUUCCUCGAGCGAUGUGCCCAGCAAUUCUAUCCAAAGUGAGCCUGUUCCGUUGGAGGAUGAGGUUCCCGGUGAAAAUCAAUCACAUCCAAUCGAGUGAAAAUCUGGUAGAUGUAAUUACUACACCCCGUGCCAUUUGUUCUCCGUACCAAGAUCUUUUCUUCACUUGUUUUCCUAGAUAUGGAGCUAAUAUAGAUUAUAAUACUACUAGAACUUUAUAUGCAUUAAUACGUAAACCUAC